AUGGAAGCAAGAUGCAUGGAACUGGAUGGGCAAAAGGAAGAAAGGGCGUCAGGGAGGAAUGUGGAUGAUGUCAAGGAACGUUUUAGCAGGGCGGAGCACUUGCAACCUGCAUCAAAAACUUCUAGGUAUAUAGACCGUGAAGAGAAGAUUGAUGAUCUGGAACCCUCAAGAUCGACAUAUAGAACCAAAGACAAGUCUUCACCUAGUUCAAAGCAGUUGGAAAACCCAGCUUCCAAAGGGAUUCUAGGGCCUCCCAGUUCUUCUGCAAGCAUGGCUGAGGCUACAAACGAUAUAAAUGCUGCAAAAGUUGCAGCAAUGAAAACUGCUGAAUUAGUGAACAAAAAUCUCGUAGGCGUUGGUUACUUGUCCACGGAACAGAAGAAAAAUUUAUUGUGGGGAAAUAAGAAGAAUGCUGCCGUGGAAGAGUCUGGCAACUGCUGGGACAUGGCUUUGUUUUCUCAUAAGGAACACCAAGAGAAAUUCAACAAAUUCAUGGGUGUGAAGGGAUCUAGAGAAGCAAUACACUGCAUGUGUGAGGUGGAGAGAUGGCAGAACUGUAGGCCUCAGGCAAUCGGGGCUGAUGUCUUCAACUUUUGCAGGCACUGGGCUAUUUAG